GACGCGCUCACAGGUCCCAGGAGCGUAUAAAAACUCUUGGCAUUGUGUCACAGAACACAGAGGAAGCAGGACUUCUGAGAUUUACUGACUACUGUCUACUGACUACUCAUCACAAUGAAGGCUGUGGCAGUGAUUCUUGUCCUGGCAGUCAUCUCAGGCUGCCAUGCUCGUGCAAUCCAGCAUGAUGAACCCAAGACCAAGUGGGAGGAGACCGUGGACCGUUUCUGGCAGUACGUGGCUGACCUCAACACCCAGGCCGAUGGCGUGAUGGAGAAUAUCAAGAGCUCCCAGCUCAGGAGAGAGUUGGACACCCUGAUCACUGACACCAUGGCGGAGUUGACCACCUACAAAGAUGAAAUUCAGAACAAAGUGGCCCCCUACGCCCAGGACACCGCCACCCAGCUGGGCCAGGACGUGCAGCUGCUGGUGAACAAGCUGCACGGCGACAUGACCGACGCCAAGGAGCGGUCCACCCAGUACGUCCACGAGCUGAAGACCAUGAUGGAGCAGAACGCCGACGACGUCAAGAACCGCAUCAGCGCCUACACCCGCAAGCUGAAGAAGCGCCUGGGCAAGGACACCGAGGAGAUCCGCACCACUGUCACCACCUACCUGGAGGAGCUGCAGUCCCGCGCCUCCCAGAACAUGGAGAACAUGAAGGAGCAGCUGCACCCCUACGUCAGCCAGGUGCACGCCAGCGCCAGCGAGAAGCUGGGCAGCCUCACCCAGCUCGUCCAGUCCCAGACCCAGGACCUGAGCUCCCAGUUCGAGUCCCAGGCCGGCGCCAUCCGCGAACGGCUGGAGCACACCGCCCAGGAGCUGCGCAUCACUCUGGAGGCCCAGCUGGAGGAGCUGACCAACUGGUUCACCCCCUACGCCGCCAAGAUCCGCGACCAGCUGAAGGAAGUCAGCGACAAGAUCCAGGCCAGCUCCUAAGGGGAGCCAGGGGGUGAACGGGGAGCUAGGGGGUCACUGCUUCCUCCGAUGUCUUAGCUGUGCUACUUUCAUUCCCCGGUUGCCAGGAUAGACCAGGAGAAAUAAGCGUUACUGACAUAUUACUGUUGUUUUCUCACUGUGUUAGCGCUUGUCUGUCGGGAACAGGGAAGUUGGUGCGGAAGGAGAGAGUUUGGGCCUUAUACUGUUUCUUUUUUCCUCUGAAGACAGGUAAACAGGACCUUUGAGCUUUCUAUAUAUUUGUAAAUUGAAUGCUUUUGUCCAUAUUCUCUCCAUAUCCUGGACCUCUGUCAUGAACCAACCCAAUGUUUGUUUUAGUGUACAAUUCCCCACUGACAACCAGAAACAGGUGAUAGGACGCUGAUAUAUUCUUGCUUGCCUGCCUAACCGAAUAUGUUCAGUUUUUUGAAAGGAUUGUUUUGAUGAUUGUCUGCUCGCAUCACAUAACCGCAGAUGGGUCUGUGAAGCCAUAGUUCAUAUCCGAUCAGCAUGCACACAGUGACAUAUGCGGUGUUAGUUCAACUCUACCAGAGUGCAUAUGAGUCCAUUAGGAACCAAUAGACACACUGUAAGAGAUGACCAAACACUGAAUCUAACUACUGUGCGGUAAUAUAAACAAUAUCCCUCACACAAGUAGGAGGAAUUCAUAGCUGGCUCUGGUUCAUUGAGACAUUUAAUCACUGUGUCUGUUGUCAUAUUAUUGUUUGCACACUGCAAUAGUUUUAACAGUUUAGAUUGUUGGUGGUUGUGUUCGGUCAUUUGACGGCCAGUGUAAUGGAAAUCCCUGGUUUCUAUAAUGUAAUGUCAUACACACACACUCCACUGGACCGCAGUUUGCUCCUCUGUGUUUCAUGUCUGUGAAGCCACCAGGCCACAAGCCGUCCAUGCUGCCCUGUGCAGCACACUGCAGACCUGCAGUCACUCCACCGCUGUCCAACUAAUAAACCCGUUUGAAACUGUUAA